CACAGCCCCAUCGAUCUGCCGGGUGUUGUCCUCCGCCNGUCAUGCAUUACCACUCCGUGGAGAAUGGAUUUAGGUUGCCCCUCCACGGCCUGCUCCGCGACCUCUGCCUCCAUUUCGGAUUUGCUCCGGGUCAAUUGACUGCCAACGCGCACAAGUACAUCGCGUCCUACAUCUUGCGGUGCUGUGCCCUGGACAAGACCCCGAAACUGGACGAAUUCCUUCUCCUCUUCAGUAUCGGUGGUUUCCCCUUUUACAGCCUAUACCCCCAUAACCAUUUUCCCAUUUUUGAGAAGGUUGAGCUCAAGAUCGACAGAUGGUCACUGAAAUACUUCGUUAUUGAGUUUCCGGCUCACAGCCCCAUCGAUCUGCCGGGUGUUGUCCUCCGCCAUUCCAUUUCCCGGACGAAAUUUGCCACAGCAGACUUAGCGGAGGGAGUGUAUAAUGCCUUGAGGGAGAUGGGGGGUUUAAUUUCCCACCACUCUCUCCAAGAUGCUAAGUUGUACAAGAAGGCAGAGUCCAACCCAUCCGCAAGCUCUCCUGGAAAUCGGCCCCAAGGUGGUUCCACUACCUUGGUUGUGCGCAAUCCGGAUACUGCUCUGAAUGUUGUUCCUAUCUCUGCCAUCCCCGGGCUCAGGAGGCCCACUCCGUCCCAGAAACGGCCACGGGAAGGUGUCUCCGAUGAUGAUUUCCUUCCCAAGAAGAACAAGGGUGACAGUACUUCUGUUUCGCCCAGCCCCCUGUCCAACUCUUCCGGUACCCAGAAUGCCACUCCUGCUGCUACAUCCGGGGUUUUGGAGUUAUCCCACCCGGAUAGACUUGAUUGUGAGGAAGAAGAGCCUAGGGACCAGUCUGCGCUCAGAAAACCCAUAACGCAGCCUCAGACUGAGGCGUCCGGUUCCUCGCCACAUGCCGUAACCACCCCCCAUAUAAUGGAUGAAGAAGGGAUGAAGCAGAAAGAACCGGAGUCCUCCCCUACAGCAGAGAGGGAGGUCGAAGUGCAGACGGAGACGGAAAUCUCCCACCCGGAGGAGAAUGAGGCUGGAGAGCAGAGGGAUGCUGAAGUUUCUCCAGAAGUGAGGAAAGAGGCUGAGGCGCAGCAGACUCAGGAGGAGCAGCUGGAGCCAGAGGAACGACAUCCCGCCACUGCAUCCCCAGCCGUCAGUCUCCCCAUCCGGCGCAAGUUCACACCACAAACUUAUCCUGUCUUUACAGAGAGUUGGGCAGACUUCUCCCGUGGUCUGAGGUCCUUGCAAGCCUCCCAUUGGACCAUCCAGGCAAAUCUUGAGAGGAUGAGGGAAUCCGUGCAGGGGCCUGCAAUUCCCCAGGCCCGUCCCGACUUGCUUGCCCUCAAUGCUCUGCACCUCAUGGAGCAGGCCCAGCAAUCACUCCUCACUUUGACUGAGGAGGGUGGAGCAUCAGGGAACUAUCGGGCUGUAGUGCUCCUGAGGGAGAGGGAACUGGCUGCCAGAGCCUUACAACAGAAGGUCGACUCCCUAGAACAACAAGUCCAAAUCCUGCAAGGGGAGAAUGCUCGGCUCAAGGCAGAUGGCUCAAUGGAGCUAGAAGCUGAGAGAUCCAAGGUCCAGUCCUUACAAGAGCAGAUUGCCAAUUAUCAAAAGGAAACCCAGGAUCUGGAAGUGCAAUUUAACAGAUUACGGGCACAGAUCUCCAUUCUGGAAUCCAGGGUCUCGACUUCAGAAAACCAGACAAGAAGCCUGAAAGCUGAGUUGGUUGAAAGGGAAUCCCGGAUUUCUGAACUGGAGAAUUCCCUCCAGGAGGCCAAGUAUGAGGGCUCCCGUCUUAACGAGCUUGCACUGAAGCACAUGGAGGCAAGACGGCUUACCCUCGAGAAGUUGAAGGAAGAGAGACAGGCUGCAAGUGAGCUCCGGUCAAAGAUGGAGGAUCAGGAGAAGGCAAUUGCUGCUCAUCAAGAGGAGGUGGCCACUCUGGUUGCCCGCGCUGGAGCCCUCUACGAAGAGGGAAAAUUUGACAUGCAGCAAUGUAUCUACGGGGCACUCUUGAGUGGUCUCCUGGAGAACCGCACUUUGGAUGACUUCAUCUCCUACUAUGGGGAGGAGAAUAACCCUCAUCUCCCCCCACAAGCUUCAGGGAGUGUGCCUCCGGGUCCCAGCGUGCUUCCUAACAGUGCCAGGGCGGAAGUCUCUCCUGGCUGUCCUGGCACUUCUCGUCCACAGAAGAGACGCAAUCCCCACUCAGGAGCUUCCCGUCUGGUCUCUGGUGUGAGGCCUUCUUCUCAGGGUUCCCCUUCCCCUCAGCAGUUGUAUGGACAGCCACCUGAGGAAUGGGGGGACUACGACAUGGGAGGAAAUAGGCUUCCAUUUAUACGCAUCCUGGAAGGACGGAACCUUCCAGGAUCCACCUCCUCCUGCCGUAUAACUGGAGACAGGCCUUGAAUCCUUCCCUCAUGCCCUACCGUCCCCCUGGUCUGAUUUCAGAGGGACGACCGGAUGGUGCCGAAGGAGGGAAUGCCUGUCAAUCCCAACCCGUUGGUUCCCUUUCGUAUCUUUUGAAUGUCAUGAAGGGAGACUGGUGGGCGCCUUCACGGGAAUGACUGGAUGGUAU